CUAAACUCUGUAAUCUGUAGGGUACUGACCCUUAGAAAAGAGUUGGUUUGAGGUACAUCUCAGAAUUUUAUGAACAGGUGGGAGUAAAUGUGUCUCUUAAACACUUAAAACGUUCCCGUCACUGCUGUAUCUGGGCAAUUGAUCAUCAGUAUAGAAGGAAAUAUCUAGGAGGAUUUGGGGUUCUCUGAAAUAUUUUUUUAAAUGUUGCCCUCUCUCUAUGUUUCUCAUUUAUAAAUUUGUAGAGUUUAAGGCCAGAAAGGACCAUUAGAUCAUCUGGUCUGAUCUGUGUAUAACAGGCCCCUAGAUUUAACUCAGUUACCCCUUUUAUUGAGCCAAGUAACUUGUUGAUUAAAUCCUAACUUGGAUUUUUGCUAAAGCAAAUCUUCCAGAAAGGCAUCAGUCUUGAUAUGAAGACAUGAGAGAUUAUGCUUUCUCUCCUACACUGAAGAGACCUUUACUACCUAGUAUUUAUUCUUUGAGAAGGUACUUAGACACUGUAAUCAAGUCACCUCUCAAUCUACUUUUUGAUAAAUUUAACAGAUUGACCUCUUUAAGUCUCCCACAGAAGGCAUUUAUUCCAGUCCUCAAAUCAUUUUGGUGGUUCUCUUCUGCACCCUUCUCAAUUUUUCACCUCCUUUUAAAAAUAUGGACACUAGAACUGUAUGCAGUAUUCUAUGAUCUGUCUCCCCAAUGCUAUAUACAAAGGUAAAAUCAACUCUCUACUUCCCAUUUUAUACAUCCAAGGUUCACAUUACCCCUUUUUGCCACAGCAUUUCACUGGGAUCUCAUACAUGUUGAGUUACUUGUUCUUAAGGCUAGUUAAGAUGGAAAAACAAUUGUACUAUGUAGUAUUCUAAUGGGGGAUAUGUUCAGGUAGCUCACCUCUAAACUUGGGUGUACCACACAAUUCUGCUCAAAGACAAUGCUAUGGUUAUCAGUGUUAGAACACUGCUUCGAUUUCUAAUCUGUAUCCUACUCAUAGCCACCUUCUGGUUAUGCAUCCUUUUUUCCCACCCUGUCCUUCAUUCUCUCUGCAUGUAUCUGGUUUCUUUUUCCUUACAUCUUUUUUUCCCUAUAUUAAGAAUCAGUAAUUCUUUACACAUCAGUUUCCGUCAACUGCCAUUGCACAUGUAAAUCAUUUCUGUCCUCCUUCUUAGAUGGAAAAUUAAGAUUAGCAAAUUUCUUUCUGUUAAUCUCCUCACAUGUAGAACUGCUUGCAAAGGGAAACUGAAGAAAGAUGAUCAUGGCUCCUUAAGGAAAAUGCUUCUUUGCUCAAGUGCCACUUUGCCUGCUUUUGUUACAAAGUGGCACUUUGCCUGCUCCACCGGCAGACAACUGAUCAGGAUUUGUGGAACAUAGCCAGCACUGUAUGGCAGACUUACUACACAGUCUUGUCAGGUUCUUCUCUGCAUGCGGUAGAAGCUUUGAGUCCAUUGCUUGGAAUUAGUUUUGAAAGAAUCAACUUCUCUGGGGCAAAGACAAUCAAUCCACUUAGGACAUGUUCUUUAGCAGCAGAAUGACAUGAUUAUGAACAUGUUCAAAAAUACAUCAGCUGGAAAAGAGAGGAUAGUGCAACUGUUUCAUAGUCUGAUGUCCCUAAACUUGUGAAGAAAAAAAAAGCUUCUACCUUCUUGUCAUGGAUGUUGUGGGAGAAAAUGAAGCCCUGCAGCAGUUCUUUGAAGGGCAAGAUGUGCAUGGAGCCCUGGAGAAUGCUAUGGUGGAUACAAGUAUGUUGGAAGAAUUCCUUGGCAGUGACUUGGAAUUUGGAGCCUUGCAAAGCCUGUUACCAGAAUCACCGCCAGAUUCAGGAUCAGAACCAUAUUCUCCAGCACAACUGAAGGCUUUACAUUAUGAUGCUUCAGGGCCAACUGGACUGCGGCCGUCACUUUCCUUCCCUUCUGCUGGGGCACCCGAUACGUUUCUUUGUAGAUACCCUGACAGUUUCUCUGACGUGAGCACCAAUGGACAUUCUUGCGGUGUUCCCCAAGACUGCUGUCUCAAGACAGAUAAUGCCACGUCUCCCUGGAAUACUUCUAUAUCCUCCAGCUGUCUGGGUUUAAAUUAUUCCUACCUUCAGCCAAGGGCCUCUCAUAGUGCUGGUAUUUCCCUGGCAUCAGGUAAAAAGAGAAGGCACUCACAAUUGUCAGAAGAUGCCACUGAUUCUCCACCAUGGACUAACAACUCUCAGCAGGUGACAGUAAAGGACUGUGGCACUGAAGUGCAAGACUAUGACAGCGAUGGACAGAAUGUAGCGGCUGUGGACAAAUGUUAUCAGGCUCUAACAUGGCAGCCGUAUCAAACUUCUCACUGGAGCAGCUUAUUUAACUAUAGUUACGAAACACUCCCUGAUGUAGGAUACCACAUUGUCACAGACAAAGGAUUUAAUUUUUCAACAGCAGAUGAUGCUUUUGUAUGCCAGAAGAAGAACCAUUUCCAGAUCACAAUCCAUAUCAGUGUUGUUGGGAAUCCAAAAUAUGUCAAAACCCAGCUGGGGUUGAAACCUAUCGAAAAGUUUUACUUGAAAACUUUUGGAAUUAAGGCGGACGCCCCAAAUCAGAUAAUCACCAUUGAACAGUCUCAGUCGGACCGAAGCAAAAAAUCUUUCAAUCCUGUUAAACUUGAUCUACCAGCAGACCAGGCAACCAAAGUGACACUGGGAAGGUUACAUUUCAGUGAAACAACAGCAAAUAACAUGAGAAAAAAGGGGAAACCUAAUCCUGACCAAAGAUACUUCAUGCUGGUGGUUGGACUAUAUGCUGUCAGUCAGGACCAGUCCUAUUUAUUGUCUGCACAUGUCUCUGAAAGGAUCAUUGUGAGGGCAUCUAACCCUGGGCAGUUUGAGAAUGACAGUGAUGUGUUGUGGCAGCGAGGACAUGUUCCAGAGACCAUAGUCUGUCAUGGUCGAGUAGGAAUUAACACAGAUGCACCAGAUGAAGCACUGGUCGUCUGUGGAAAUGUGAAAGUGAUGGGGACAGUCAUGCAUCCAUCUGACAGUCGAGCAAAACAGAAUAUCCAGGAGGUUGAUACAACUGAGCAGCUGAGAAGAAUAGCGCAAAUGAGGCUCGUUGAGUAUGACUACAAGCCUGAAUUUGCAUCUGUAAUGGGAAUAAACAAUACCCAUGAAACAGGAAUAAUAGCCCAGGAGGUGAAAGAGCUUUUACCGACAGCUGUAAAAGAAGUUGGAGAUAUUACCUGUGAAAAUGGAGAAAAAGUAGAGAACUUCCUCAUGAUUGAUAAGGAUCAAAUUUUUAUGGAGAAUGUUGGUGCAGUUAAGCAGCUCUGUAAACUAACCAACAACCUUGAAAUCAGGAUAGAAGAAUUGGAAGUAUGGAAUAGAAAACUGGCCAAGCUGAAACGGAUGAGCAGUUUGAAGUCAACAGUCAGUGAAAAGAGCACAUUCAGCAAAUUUAGUCGAGCUGCUAGUCUUUUACCACCAAGAAAACCAAUUGCUAUACCACGCAGUAAGGUUUGUUUUUCUGAGAAAAAACAGUCAUGGCCCAACAGGAUUUUCCAGAUCACGGUAAUAGCUUUGGUAGCUGUUAUGGCACUAUGUGCCUUGACAAUAUCCACCCUUUACAUACUUAGCAUAGAAGAGCAAGACAUUAGUCAAAAUCCCAUUCACAGCAAUGCUACAAGUUCCAUUACGCAGCAUCCCUACACCACCGUGGCAGCACUCAGUGACAGCACAGCUUCUCCAACCAUGACAUCCAGCAUUACAGUCCCCGAAGUGAAUUUCUGUGACAUCUUGCCUUGUGACAAGACCUAUUGCUGUUCAAUUCAUCAAAUACAAAGAAAAAUUCCAAGAUACCAGACCAUGAUGACAGAGGAGAGAGACAAAAUUAAAGCACUACAAGAGAGGAGAUUGAUGGAAAAACCUGAUCUUGGAAUUGACUGGAUUGAUACAACAAUCAGUUCCAUGCAGAUUUUGGAAACGCAGCAAAAAAUUGACCGUCGCUAUUGUAGUAAAGGUCGACAGUGCAGGUCUGGAAAUUACAGCUAUGUUAUUCCUGUUAACAAAUACACGCCCAUCAAUGUAAUACUCUCAUUGGAAAUCAACACUACGGAGCCAUUAAUCGUCUUUCAAUGCAAAGUCACUUUUGGAAAUAUGUGUUCCUAUCAGUCACGAAACAGAAACAAAAGAGAGGCUUUCCAAGAAACCACCCAGGGAUGUCAGCAUAUUUGGAUUCUCCCUGUAACUUGGUGGUAUGACAGCGCAUACCAUUUCCGAGUAGCUGCACCGGAUCUUGCAGACUGUUCAACAGAUCCAAAUUAUGCUGGGAUAUUUUUUACGGAUUACUACUUCUACUUCUAUCGACAGUGUAACUAAAAUAUUGCUGAUCAUUCUGUUUAUUGGGGGGGGGGGGAAGAUAAUACUCAUGGUACCGAAAAGACUAUUGUCUUAGUAAAAGUUUGCAAAUGAAAUGAGAUGUGCGGAAUGUUUCCUAGUUAACUUUUAGAGACAAGUGGGCAAAAAUAAAUUAUUUGACUGUAGUCCAGGCUCUGCAUGUCAAGUCAUUACUUGUAAAAGGACGUGAUUUCUGAAAAUCAAUGGAGAGCUCAAUGUGUAGAUAUUAAAGGGUUCCACUGCUCUUAGCACUGCUAUAAAAUACAGGAGAUGGGGAAAAAAUAGCGGCAUUCUAAUAUACUUCAGACUGUUCAGAAGACUUUGACAUAAUAAAAACAUCAGUUGCAGCUGAGACUUGUUUUUGUCGUACAAGCAUCUACCCUCCAGUAUUGUCUGCCUCCUUCUUUAUAGUAUUAUGAUUUCUACCAAACAAAAGCUU